GCGGCCCUGCCGCCGGGUCCACCUUAAGGGGCGCGCUGACAUCAGCGCGCCGCCGCCGCCCGUGGGGUGGGAUUUCCUCCACUGUUGCUGCCGCGGAUCCUGCGCCGCGUCCAGCCCGCGCGCCCGACCCCGGCCCGACCCGGCCGGCCCCGCCCGCCCGGCACGGGGAGGGAUGCGGCGGCGCGGCGCCCAGGAUGCCCCGCAGCCCCGGGACGCGCCUCAAACCCGCCAAGUACAUCCCGGUAGCCACGGCCGCCGCGCUGUUGGUUGGCUCCAGCACACUCUUCUUCGUAUUCACGUGCCCAUGGUUGACAAGAGCUGUGUCUCCAGCUAUUCCUGUCUACAAUGGCAUCCUCUUCCUCUUUGUCCUGGCCAACUUCAGUAUGGCUACCUUCAUGGACCCUGGAGUCUUCCCCCGAGCCGACGAGGACGAGGACAAGGAGGAUGACUUCAGGGCCCCGCUGUACAAGAAUGUGGAUGUGCGGGGCAUCCAGGUCCGCAUGAAAUGGUGUGCAACGUGCCAUUUCUACCGUCCACCACGCUGCUCACACUGCAGCGUCUGUGACAACUGUGUGGAGGACUUUGAUCAUCACUGCCCCUGGGUCAACAACUGCAUUGGACGCCGCAACUACCGUUACUUCUUCCUGUUCCUGCUGUCACUCAGCGCACACAUGGUGGGGGUGGUGGCCUUCGGCCUGCUGUACGUGCUCAAUCACUCAGAGGGGCUGGGAGCUGCCCACACCACCAUCACCAUGGCCGUCAUGUGUGUGGCUGGCCUUUUCUUCAUUCCUGUCAUCGGCCUCACUGGCUUCCACGUGGUUCUGGUCACUCGGGGGCGCACCACCAAUGAGCAGGUGACUGGGAAGUUCCGCGGGGGUGUGAAUCCCUUCACCCGAGGCUGCUAUGGGAACGUGGAGCACGUGUUAUGCAGUCCCCUGGCGCCCCGGUAUGUAGUGGAACCCCCCAGGAUGCCGCUCUCAGUGAGCCUAAAGCCACCCUUCCUGAGGCCUGAGCUCCUGGAACGAGCUGUGCCCCUCAAGGUCAAACUUAGCGACAAUGGGCUGAAAGCUGGCCGCAGCAAGUCCAAGGGCAGUCUAGACCAGUUAGAUGAGAAACCUCUGGACCUGGGACCGCCACUGCCCCCCAAGAUAGAGGCUGGCACCUUUGGAAGAGAUCUGAAGACCCCAAGACCUGGCAGUGCUGAGAGUGCCCUAUCAGUACAGAGGACCAGUCCCCCAACACCUGCCAUGUAUAAGUUCCGGCCAGCCUUCUCCACUGGUCCCAAGACACCCUUUUGUGGACCUAGUGAGCAGGUCACAGGUCCUGACUCCCUUACUCUGGCAGAUGACAGCACCCAAAGUCUAGACUUUGUGUCUGAGCCCAGCCUGGAUCUCCCAGACCAUGGGCCUGGUGGUCUACAUCCUACCUACCCCCCCUCCCCACCCCUCAAUGCCACUGAUGCCUUCUCAGGUGCCUUACGCUCCCUGAGUCUCAAGGCUGGUGGUCGGAGGGGUGGGGACCACAUGACCUUACAGCCACUGCGCUCCGAAGGUGGGCCCCCUACACCCCACCGUGGUCUCUUUGCUCCUCAUGCACUGCCCAACCGAAAUGGCAGCCUGUCAUAUGACAGCCUGCUUAACCCUGGCUCACCCAGUGGCCACGCAUGCCCCACACACCCCUCUGUUGGUAUGGCCGGCUACCAUUCACCCUACCUGCACCCCGGGCCGUCAGAUCCACCACGGCCCCCACCCCGCAGCUUCAGCCCUGUGCUGGGUCCCCGGCCUAGGGAGCCCUCUCCUGUGCGUUAUGACAACCUGUCUCGGACCAUCAUGGCCUCUAUCCAGGAGCGCAAGGACAGAGAAGAGCGUGAACGGCUGCUGCGUUCCCAGACUGACUCACUCUUUGGCGACUCUGGUGUCUAUGACACACCCAGCUCCUACAGCCUGCAACAGGCCAGUGUGUUAACGGAAGGUCCCCGUGGCUCUGUGCUGCGUUAUGGCUCCAGGGAUGACCUCGUGGCUGGGCCUGGCUUUGGUGGUGCCCGCAAUCCUGCCCUGCAGACGUCAUUGUCCUCACUGUCCAGCUCCAUGAGUCGGGCACCUCGGACAUCUUCCUCCUCCCUGCAGGCUGACCAGGCCAACAACAAUGCCCCAGGACCCCGGCCUGGCAGUGGUUCACACAGGUCACCUGCCCGUCAGGGCCUGCCUUCCCCACCAGGCACGCCCAGAUCGCCCUCCUACACGGGCUCCAAGGCUGUUGCCUUCAUCCACACGGACCUCCCGGACCGGCAGCCCUCACUGGCUAUGCAGAGGGAUCACCCUCAGCUGAAGACCCCCCCAAGUAAGCUUAACGGGCAGUCCCCAGGCAUGGCCCGUCUGGGGCCUGCUGCCAGCCCCAUGGGGCCCAACGCCAGCCCUGCCCGGCACACGCUGGUUAAGAAGGUGUCCGGCGUGGGUGGGACUACGUACGAAAUCUCGGUGUGAGAACUGACCACCACUCAUCUGCUGUGAUUCCACGGGGACCAGGACCCCCACAGUAGCUCCCCAACCCUAUCAAGUUCUCUGCCCCCAGGGAGGAGGCUACCCAAGCCUGCUGUGGACACGUCAACAGGAAAGAAAGCCUCCACAAGCUUGUGCUCCGGCCUCUGCCUGUUCAUCUACUUACCUAGUACUCACAGGGCAGACGGGUCCAAGGCUGGGAUGGGGACCUGGAUUGCCUCCUUCAUCAGCCAAGCUCAGCCCUGCACCCUAUUGCCCUCAUUCCCUAAGGCCAGACUCCAACAGUCCCAUGGGUCCACCCACUCCUGUCUGGAUGGGUUGUUCAGCCCUGUUCUCCAGCUGCUCCUAAUUCAUGGCCUUUCACUGACAAAGCUGGUCGCUUGUUGCUUGGCAAGGCCUAUGCUUUGCAGGGAGCAUAACCCUGGCCUGCUCUGGGUUGGGAUGGAUGGAUGAACAGAUGGACAGAUAAUCUAGCGGUAGCAGGGGUCCCACUCCCUCUGUCCGUCUUGCCUGGCUGGUGGGUUCAUGUCCCUGUGUCUGUAUGCUGUGCUGCCGUGCCACGUCUGAUGUGUUAGUGCUCGGCUGCCACUGUUCUUUCAUCAAAGCCUUAACUUCUGCUUUAUGCUCUUGUGGGAGGUGAUGGGGAGUGGGGUAGGCCAGAGCAGAGAGGGGGCCAGAUGCUGCCCCAGGGACCAGUGGGGCCUAGAGCCCCCUCCCUCUCUCUCAGGCCUUCCCUGCCAAACUGGAGAGUCCUCACCCCAAAGCAUCCCGAGUUCCCAGCACUGGCUUGGCCAGCGCAGCUGGAAAGCACAUCAGGGAGGGGUCAGUUCUUCCCCUGGCGUCAGGGACCUGAGUAAGCACAUGGCAGCGUUCGCUUGCAUUGUGUCUGUUUUAUGUUUUUAUAUUUACAUCUAUAUAUCUAUAAUUUUAUUAAAAAAAGGAAAAAUCA